CACGUUUCCCCGGCAACGCUGUACGGCAGAUGAAAGAUGGCGGAAGGACCAGGGACAGUCAGCGGACUUGAGCUCAGUCUGAAAUGGCAGGAGUUGAUGGACUGUGGACGCGAACUCCUGCGCUACCUCGCGGAGCAGGUGCCGCGAAUCUACUGCCUGGAGGCAGAACCCUGUCCCCAGGAAGAGGAGUUGGCACUCAGCCUGCUCUUGCAGCCCCUGGAGUACUUCCUGUUUGGGGAGGACCCCCAUGUUAGCCUAGAGAAACUUCAGCAGAGCGGUGCCUCCUCCCAGCUCUGCGGGCGCGUCUUUAAGGAGGGAGAGACCACUUACUCCUGCAGGGACUGUGCUAUAGACCCCACGUGUGUCUUGUGCAUGGACUGCUUCCAAAACAGUAUACACAAGGGCCAUCGCUACAAGAUGCACACCUCUUCCGGUGGGGGCUUCUGUGACUGUGGGGACUUGGAGGCCUGGAAGACAGGCCCGUGCUGCAUUAAGCACGACCAGGGAUCUACGUCUGCACUUAAGUUGGAUAGUGACUGUGCCCUGGAGGCCGGUCUGCAGGAGCGUGCUCAGAAGCUCUUUCGGGUGCUGCUGCAGUACAUAGCUGACAUGCUGGUGUGGGAGGAGAACGACAUUCUACCAGCCGAGCUUCAGCCCAGUGUGAAGGAGGACACGUACUACUGUGUGCUUUACAAUGACGAGCACCACUCGUACGACCACGUCAUUUACACCCUGCGGCGUGCUGUGAGCUGUAGCCACAAGGAGGCGAACACGCACACUUCCCUCAUUGACAAGGAGGGACGAAGGGCAGUGAAACGCGGAACAUAUGAGUCAUGUCAACAAGCCAAGCGGCUUAUUCAGGAGAACUCUGAGCAGAUCUCUCUGCAGCCCCUGCGCGUAGAGAUCCUGCACUCAGCUGUGAUGGCCCACCAGAGCUUUAGCAUGCGUCUUGGCACCUGGUUUCAGCAGAUCAUCAGCUCCUCAGUUGGGCUCCGCCAAGUGUUCUGUCAGGUGGCACUGGAGCCCAGCCCAACGGCAGGUCGAGCCAGCCUUAUCAGCCGACUCAUGCUGCACGAUGCCAAGCUCUACAAAGGUGCCAGGAAGAUCAUCCAUGAACUGAUCGUCUGCAGCUUGUUGAUGGAAACUGAAUACAAACGUCUUUUUGCCAUUGAAUUUACAAAGCACUACAAGCAGCUGCAGAAAGACUUCAUCAGCGAUGACCAUGAACGAAGCAUAUCUGUUACAGCACUGUCUGUGCAAAUAUUUACCGUGCCCACACUGGCCAGACAGCUGAUCGAGGAGGGGAACGUCAUCAAGGUGAUCAUUGACACAGUGAUGGAGAUGCUGUCUGAGCAUCUGGACAACAACAAUCGUUUCCACUUUCAAGGGUACAACUCUGAUAAGUUCUUCAGGAUCCAGGUGAUCUUUCAUGACCUCAGGUACAUCCUGAUCAGCAAGCCCAUGAUUUGGACAAAUAAGCUCCGCACACAGUUCUUGGAGGGCUUCCGUACAUUUCUGGGAAUGCUGGCCUGCAUGCAGGGCAUGGAGGAAGUUAAGCGCCAGUUUGGUCAACACAUUGAAGUUGAGCCUGAGUGGGAGGCAGGAUUCUCCAUCCAGAUGCAGCUCAGGCACAUCCUGUCCAUGUUCCAGGAUUGGUGUGCCUCUGAUGAAGAGGUCCUGCUGAGGGCUUUCAAAGAGUGCCACAGCACACUGAUGAGCUGCUGCAAUCAACCUUUUCACGGCGAAGCUACUGACUCCUACAUGUGCAAGCACAUUUUGCAUGCCCGGCCGUAUAGGGUGUCCCAGGAGCCAGUCACUGUGCACUUGCCCGUCUCCAGACUCCUGGCUGGUCUGUACAUCCACCUCUGUAGGACAGGGGCAAUUGUUCAUCUGCACGAGUAUGUGGACCCGGCGCAUUGUGACUUUGCCUACUUUGCUGAACACCCACUGCGCUGUCUGGUGCUUGCUGCUCAGGUGUCAGCUGAGAUGUGGCGCCGGAAUGGACUGUCGCUUGUUAGCCAGGUAUAUUAUUACCAGGAUGUCAAAUGCCGGGAUGAGAUGUUUGACAAGGACAUUAUCAUGCUACAGAUUGCUGCUUCGAAAAUAGACCCCAAUGACUUUGUGAUGCUAGUCCUACAGCGAUUUGAGCUCUUUGAGGUUUUCAAUGGGAGCUGCUCUACCAAAGACCAGGAGCUUCUCAAGCAGUGGAACAGACUGACUGAGGAGAUGCUACAUCUGUUCAUCAUCAUCAUAGGUGAGCGCUAUAUCCCAGGGAUCAGUGGUGUGACAAAGGAGGACAUGACUAUGCGGGAGGUGAUACACCUCCUAUGCAUCGAGCCUAUGGCCCACAGUAGCCUCGUCAAGGCGCUGCCAGAGAACGAAAGCCGUGAAACUGGUCUAGAAAAUGUAAUUUCCACAGUUGCUACUUUCAAGAAGCCUGGUGUUUCAGGCCAUGGCCUCUAUGAGGUGAAGAAGGAGUGCCUUCAGGAGUUUAACCCAUUCUUCUACCAUUACUCCAAAUCCCAGCGCAGUAAGGCAGAAGAUGCUCAGAAAAAGAGAAAAGCUCAGGAGGGUUGUGAUAAAGCCCUCCCACCUCCAGUUCCUCCACCCUUUUCUCAGGCCUUCUCCAGUAUCGUGCAGCUACUGAGAUGUGAUGUCCUCCUCCAUGUACUGCGGCAGGUGCUUCAGAAGGCAGUGGAGGACACCACCACUCAGUGGACUGAAGCCAUGGUCCAGAGGGCUAUGCACCUCGCUGCUCAAGCGCUCCUGGAGGAGAAGACCCAAUUGGAGGCAAACAAUGAGGACGAUGUGACCUUUGACUUCAGCCUGAAGGCUCGAGAUAUUGGCUCUGAGCAUGGCAAGUCCUUGUUUGACUUUUUGUCCAAGCUAAAGGGGCUUCCUUCACUGGAGGCCCAGAAGGACAUGAUUCAGUGGACCCUGCAGAUGUUUGAGACAGUUAAAUGUCUACGUGUGAAGAGCAGCCCUCUGGCUGCCACCAGUAUGGACCAGACCAAACCAGAAGAGCCUCCACUCCCACAGAAUAUACAGGACAAGGAAAAGGCUGAACGUAAGAGGAAGGCCGAAGCAGCCAAGCACCGCCAGAAAAUAAUGGCCCAGAUGUCAGCCAUGCAAAAGAACUUCAUUGAGACGCACAAGAUGCUGUAUGAGAAUGUACCGGAGAGUGGGGCCCAGGGGGAGCCCUCAGCCCCCAUGGUCAGUGGCAUGGAAAUGAGCAAGAGGCGGGUAGCAGUGGGGCCACGGCGGGGAGUGGCACUGAUCGAGCGGGAGGUGCUUACCUGCAUCCUCUGCCAGGAAGAGCAGGAGGUAAAGGCACGUGCUCCAGCCAUGGUUCUGACAGCCUGCGUUCAGAGAUCAACCGUGCUUACCCAGUGCCGUGGGAAAGGUCUGCCUAAAGCAGAAACCUACAAUCCCCUCUUCAUGCACCCUGACUUGGCUGUGGGGACUCAUACAGGAAGCUGUGGGCAUGUCAUGCAUGCAUCCUGUUGGCAAAAGUAUUUUGAAGCUGUGCAAAAUACUUCCCGGAGUCGUCUCCAUGCUGAACCAAUCAUCGAUCUUGAAAAUGGGGAGUACAUGUGCCCUCUGUGCAAGUCCCUCUGCAACACCGUGGUCCCACUCAUACCUUUGGAUCCCCUUCCACUCCACUUAGAGAGCGCUGAGCUUGUGGGUCAGCUUCUCACAUUCCCACGCUGGAUUGAGAUUAUCAUGGCCAGGAUCAACGGGUUAAAGGCUGCCACCCAGGCCAGUGGGGAAAUGAGAGAGAACCGCACCAUAAUGGACGAUGAGCUCGUGGACCAGAGCCAGCCAGACUUCCGUUCUAUCCUGAGUUUUGGCGUUGAGGCACCCAAAAAGUUCUCAGAUAGCAUUGGUAACAUGCUGACGGUCUGUGCUACCACUGUGUACCGGGUGGGCCUGAAGGUGCCACCUAAUGAACUAGACUCCCGUGUGCCCAUCAUGUCCUGGAACACCUGUGCCUUCACAAUCCAGGCUGUUGAGAAUAUGCUGCUGGAUGAGGACAAGCCCCUUUUUGGUUCCUUGCAGAAUCGGCAGCUUGCAGGUUUGAAGGCUGUGGUCCAGUUUUCUGCAGCACAGCGUCGGAAGAGUUCACAGGCUGUCAUCCAGAAUCACUUCAUGGGCAUGCUGGGAGCUUUGAUACCUCACAUGAAUGAUGAAGACUCACCUUCUGUCCUAGAAAUAGACUGCUUUCAUUUGCUGGUGGGACUGGUAUUGGCCAUUCCAGCACUGUACCAGGAGGAGACGGUUGAUCUGGAACCUUCAGCUAUAAGCACAGCCUACAACCACUUGUACCUCCUGCAUCUGGUCACCAUGGCCCACAUAUUGCAAGUCAUGCUGUCUUUUCAAGACACACCAGAACUGACAGGAGAGGACAAAGGAGAGGAUGCAAGGUUGGCCCUUGAGCUUCUCAAAUCUGUUGCACAGCAUGCAGAUGGGUUCAGGACAGAUGCUCCUGGAUGGUAUGUAGCAGACCAAGUGAGGAGAGGAAUUGCCCCUUUCCUACGCUGUGCUGCUCUCUUCUUUAACUGCCUUACAGGAAUAUCUCCCCCUGAGGAGCUAUCCAACACUCCAGUUUCCUCUGACAGCCAGUUGGAGGCACUCUGCAGUUACCUGGCACUGCCCUCCAACCUCUUCAGCCUGUUCGAGGCUCACAAAGAGGUGGUUUCUCAAUUGUUGCAAAGGUGGUGUGGAAGUCCAGUGGUAACUAAAGCCAUGAAAGGAGAAGUGUUAGUUAUCAGGUAUCCAAGGAAACAGAACCGAUUAAUUGACCUUCCAGAGGAUUACAGCACCCUUCUCAACCAGGCCUGUCACUUUCAGUGUCCAAAGGCAUCUGAUGAUGAGCGGAAGCACCCCACACUGUGCCUGUUCUGUGGGGCUAUGCUGUGCUCCCAGAGUACCUGCUGCCAGGAGCAACUAGAUGGAGCAGAGGUGGGAGCCUGCACAGCCCACGCUGCCAGCUGUGGAGCUGGGGUUGGCAUGUUCCUAAGGAUUCGGGAGUGUGAAGUGGUCCUUAUGGCCAGCAAGACCAGAGGCAGCACUUACCAUGCACCUUACCUUGACGACUAUGGGGAAACAGACCCGCAGCUUGGGCGGGGCAACCCUCUGCACCUCUCCCCAGAGCGCUACCGAAAGCUCCAUCAGUUGUGGCAACAGCACUGUAUCUUGGAGGAGAUUGUCCGCAGCCAGGAGGUGGUCAAUGUUAUGUUUGCCUUCGAGUGGCAGAUGUUGUGAGAUCCAGCUGAGGGGAUGGGUGCAACUUUCCUGAAGCAGUGCUGCUCUCUGGAGCACAACUCCUCCAUCUUGACUGGUGGUAUCACUGACCUCCCAAAGGGACAUGUUUUGUUCUGAAUCAUACACGGGAACCCACAGGAACGAGGUGAGGCUAAGAGAGAACAAACUAACAAGAAAUAAACGGUUGCCUUUUAAUCAUCAGGCACUAUGGAAUUAUAAGAUCCUAAGUGGACAUUUAGACCCCUUCUUACGGACAUUUGUCAAUACAUUUACAAUAAGCUUACUUAGAUAAAAAUAGCAAUACAUCCAUUUUAAUAGUAUCAACUCGUAUUGAGUCGGCACUAAGUGGUGAUGUAAAUAUUUCACAGUUCAUAAGGUAUAUAUAAAUAUAAAUGGGCUCAUCAGGAAAUGAAGAAUUAUCAUUGCAUACCUUUUUCCACCCUGAAUUUAACUAUUAACGAUGGAUUUUCUAUGUUUACGUUCCGUUGUUUUUAAAUUAUCGAUGUAUCCAGCCUUCAAGGACCCAACUUAUUUUCAGUCAAACCCAUCUUAUGCAAAACUGUAAUCGGUGUAUAUAUGGAAAAAUAAAAGUAUCAAGUUUAUUUGAGACAUUCAAGUGAUAGUAUGUAAUGCAUUUAGUUUUGUGAAAUUUCUGCUCUGCCACCAUCUGAACACAAUGGGGGUUGCUUAUAAAAUGUAUUUUCCCCUGCCAUCACUUACGGUUAUAGCAGUGGGACUCAAGACACUCGUGGAAGGUUUCUUGGAAUGACACACACGCACACUCGGUUGACGCUCAUUGAUAAAAGUGCAGUACAUAUAGGCAAUGUUAGUUGGUUUAAAUCUGACAGAACAUGGGCUAAAUUGGCCAGGUGAUGGAUUGUCUUUUUUGUACUUAAGUAUAUUAAUUUCACAGAAAAGCAUUUACUAAAACUCAGUUGGUUGAAAUGUAACUGCUGUGCAAUCAACUGUAAAUAUGUACACAUUUGUUUAAGUUGGAGUUUGUUUCGCUGGCUGUUUCACUGUUUAUCAGAUUCCUGUUUAUAUUGCAUUGGUCUGAAUUAGCUCACUUCCUUCUGUCAAAAAUUAAGUAGUUUCUUUUUGAAAUCAAAAUCAUUGUGACCUUUAUUGGACAAUAUGCUUGAGCUAUUU